AUCAUUAGCGCUCACUUCAUUAGCACAGGUUCUCCCGCUGCCGUUAGUCUGUCAGACAUGUCAUCUUUUGGUCUCAGCGAUAGGUGGAAUUGGGUCCAGCGUCUAUCAUUCUGGCCCAGCCAUCAAAUGCACGUAAAGCAUGCCAUACACUGCCUGAACUUCAACCACGGUCCCCAUAUCCCUCUGCCCCUUCUUAUCCGACCACUCAUUCCGCACCACUCAACGCCAUUCUCGAUCAACCGUGUCCCUUCAAGCGCCUCACCGCUCCAUCAUGCCCGAUAGCUUGGAAGGCCAAUGUAUCAGACUUGAAGUCAUUAGCGGAAAGAAUCUCAAAGUCCGCUCCUGGCGCAUACCCGCAGGCAUUUACAUAUCCAUCCAUGUCGACUCGAGAAGGCGUUGGAAAUCAGCUGUUCGAGUCCUAUCAUCCGAUGAAUCUGUAGCGUGGGGCGAUACAGUGACCUUAUCAUUAGAUGCGUCUCCUGAAUUAUCACUGGACAUCAUGGCAUCCUUCGAGCUCGGUCGAAUGCUAGGCAAUGGGGAAGUCGUCGGAAAACUUGAAACGUCUUGGGAUGAGCUGCUCAAUCAUGGAGAUGAGCAUUUCGAUUUGUCCUUUCCGCCUGUUCGUGGUGUCCACCCUUCUCUCACGCUGAAGGCUACUGUUGUAUGUGCUUGCGGAGAUCAGGAUGGCACACGGAUUGAUUCCAUCGUAGACUGCGAUAUUGCUCGAGACACAGAUACGGGCCACGCACUAUUUGCCCAAUAUGUAACUGGCAAGAGGGUCUCCGACCUGAACGAUGCUGUAGAGCAAUUUCAGUUUGUUCUAGACCAAUGUCCGGUCGGCCAUCCUGACUACGCGGCAGCUCUCGCUAACCUCGCGUGGGCCCGCCUUGAAGGCUAUAUUCGAAGGGAUCGUCAAGACAUUGAUUCUACCACCUCUCUAUUCCGCGACGCCCUUGCAUUGCGUCCGCAGGGUCACCCCGAUCACCCCUUAUCUCUCUAUUCUGUCAUUAGAGCGUUGAUCUCGCGCUACAGCAACGAGUCUACCGUCGCCAACAUCCAUGAAUGUGCGCAACUGCAUUCCAAGCUACUGCCCCUCUGCCCAGAGGGCACCUACUUUCGUAGCAUUGACGUAGACAGUACUGUCAAUUAUGUGAUCCGGGAAUGCUUAGUUCUCCAAGACGCAUCCAACGAAGGCAUUCUACGAGUUGUGCUUGAGCUCUGUCCGUUCGGCCAUCAAUGCCGUCCGCAUGCCCUUGGCCAGCUCGCACAGACAGUUGAAGCACUCUUUGACCAACAUGGCAGCGCUGACGAUCUAGAAGAGAGCAUACAACUUGGUCGCGAAGCCGUUUCUCUGUGCCCCGAGGAACACCCUAGCCGUGUUGCCUACCUGCACAACUUGGCAUUCUCAAUUGGGUCCCGCUUCGAUCAUCAAGGAAAAUCUCAUGACCUUGACGAGUCCAUCUCUCUAUACGAACAAGCACUGCACCUGUGCCCUGUUGGGCACGAAGCUCGUGAUAAACUAUUGGACAACCUAGGGGGCGCCCUCCUCGACCGUUUCAACCAACAACGUGACAUUGAUGACAUCAACAAAGCCAUCAGCCUUCGUCGUGAGGCACUGGAGUUGAACCCACCUGGGCUUCCAAAUCGCGACACCAUCCUUGCUGAUCUUGCCUCCGCGCUCAAAACCAGAUUUGACAAAUCACAUAUCAACGAGGAUCUUAACGAGGCCAUCGAUCUCUAUCGCGAAUCCCUUCGGUUAAGAUCCCAUGACCAUCCAAGGCGCCAUGUAACUCUUUUCAAUUUAAGCGGGGCACUCUGCGCGCUUUUCACAGAAAAUCAGAAUAAUGAAGAUGUUGAAGAGGCCAUUAAUCUCUGCCAAGAAACAUUAGCGACUUUGCCUCCCCUGCACCCGGAGAGAUUUUUCAGCUACAUGCAGCUGCGGGGAGCCUAUCUAUCUCGUUACCAGAUACAGGACAAUCCUACCGAUUUGUCGCUCGCAGUGGAGAAUUUUAGACUAGCGUCAAACCACCCUACCCAAGGAUUUCCAGAACGCAUCAAGGAGGCAAUCAAUUGGACUUUGGCAGCCGAGAAGCACGGUCAUGCCUCCGCGCUGGAAGCCUACAAAACAUAUUUCGAGCUUCUUGGCAGACAUUUGUCAACACGAUCUUCGAUUGUUGCGCGACGCGAAGCUACUGCCGCUUUUCGUCGUGCCAGAGCUGCAGCAUUGCCUGUAGAUGCGGCGUCGUGUGCCAUACGCCGUGGAAAUCUACGAGAGGCAAUCGAACUCGUGGAGCAGGGCCGUGGCCAGCAAUGGUCGAUGGCCUCUCGCCUGAGGACUCCACUUGAAGAUCUCGAGUCCACGAAUCCUGACCUAGCUCAUAGAUUCUCGCAGCUCAGCCAGCAUCUUUCUGAUGUUCAGGGAUCCGUGGUCAGCGCAGACAGGGCUGCUGCUGAUCAGGCAGCCAUGGAGUACCGGAGACGUACGACGGAAUGGGAAGCUGUGGUGGCUGAAAUUCGCGAUGUCCAUGGUUUCUCGCGAUUCCUGCUCCCACCAUUGUACGAAGACUUGCAAGCGGCAGCGCGCGAUGGCCCGGUCAUCAUCCUCAUCGCGAGCAAAUAUUCGUGCAACGCCAUCAUCGUCCCAACAUCAGGGGAACCCCACCACCUUCCCUUCCAGUCUCUCACUCUCAGUGAUCUCAAUAUGCUCAAGGAAGACUUUGCUAGGGAGAUACACCACGCAACUCUUAUGGGCCCAAAAGAGCCGAGGAAGGAUUUGCGAGUACUCUUGCGGAAAAUCUGGGACGGGAUUAUGCUACCUAUUGUCAAUGUCCUCAAGCAUGACCUGAAAUUGCGGCGCCGAUCUCGAAUAUGGUUGUGUCCGACAGCAGCCUUUACGUCUAUUCCUCUCCAUGCAGCUCACCCCUUUCGAACGAAGGCAGAUCGCUCUGGACGGGAACAAUCCCUGGAGGAUAUAUAUAUCUGCUCUUACACGCCGACACUUUCGGCUCUCAUCAGGUCUCGACAGACGAUGAAGAUAUGUCUCACUCCGUCCUUCGUGGCGAUCGCACAAGGUCAACCGGGCGCAGGGCAAGGGACGGUACUCGCUACUGUCGACAGUGAACUUGAACUUGUCCAUAAACUCGUUCCUCCCAACGUCAAGUUCACUUAUCUUUCUGGCGGCGAAGCAACGCAGGCAGGUGCACUCGAAGCCUUGCAAUGCAACACCUGGGCGCACCUCGCUUGUCAUGGCAAGCAGGACCGUCAGCAGCCGUACAAUUCACGCUUUGCGAUGAGAGAUAAACCUCUCACGCUGCUGGAUAUCAUGGAGAACAAUGCUCCGCAAGCUGAAUUCGCGUUCUUAUCAGCGUGUCAUACCGCCGUCGGCGAUGAGGAGACACCAGACGAGGUCAUCCACCUCGCUGCUGGUCUGCAGUUUUCGGGGUUUAAGAGUGUCAUUGGCACACUGUGGGUGGUUGAUGAUGCUGUCGCAAAACACGUUGUGGAAGCAUUCUAUGGACAUAUGUUCAAGGAUUUGAAGGAGGAUGUCAUUGAUUGUACGAAGGCAGCCUCGUCACUCAACCAUGCUACAUGCGCCGUGACGAAUAAAGUGCCGCUCGAGCAGAGAAUUGUGUUCAUUCAUAUUGGUGUGUAGUUCUAUUCCUAUUGCCAAGUUUCAUCUCGUACAGAUUUACACCCUUGGUUUCUCUCUCAUCUUGGUCAUCCACGUUGUACUUCAAGUUUCAGGCAUUACCAUGAUGCUCUUAUGCUGCAGUUAUCUUAAAUUUCGUUCUCUCACGUGUUCAUGUCUACUUGAGAGUCUUUAGCAAACUCAUUCGUUGCUCGACCGUGACGGUGUUUCAAGUUGCCAGCCGGCCCGACAGACUAGCGCCUAUCUGCAAGAACCACGCCUAUCUCAAAACAGAACUUCCAGUGGUACAGUAUGUUUGGUUCCGCUGGGCUUCCGAAUUUCAGCUUCCCGCUAGAUCACGUUAAGGUAUCGCCAGACCCCGCUACGC